CCCACUCCCGGGGGGGACGUUCUGUGCCGCGGCCGCCGAGGCCGCCGCUUCUUUCACACUUUACUUGGGAGCUGCGCGCCGCGCUCAGUUACAGGAGAGCUGGCCGCGCGCCGCCGCCUCCCGCACGCACGCACGCUUCGGUGUUUUUGGCUUGUACUCCAAGCAGCAGGGAGGAGGGGGAGACCUGGACACAUUGUGGGGUGGAGGAGGAAGAGGAGAAGGAGGGAGGAAGAAAAAAAGACAAGGAAGAAAGGGGCGGGGGGCGGGAGGCUUCCAACCUUCAGCCCCCCGGCGAGCGCCCAAGGUGCACACAUCUUGACUCACAAAGCAAGAAGGUGGAUUUUUCUUUGUGUUUAAAGAAAAAAAAAAUGUCCCCGUGUCUGUAGAGAUGAUUUGCAGUUCAGCCCGGCUGAAGCUGACCGAAUGAGACUAUGGGCUGUGCCUCCGCCAAGCAUGUUGCCACUGUUCAAAAUGAAGAGGAAGCCCAGAAAGGGAAAAACUACCAGAAUGGAGAUGUGUUUGGCGAUGAGUAUAGGAUCAAACCAGUGGAAGAGGUCAAAUACAUGAAAAAUGGGGCUGAAGAUGAGCAGAAAAUAGCAGCCAGGAACCAAGAAAACUUGGAAAAAAGUGCCAGUUCAAAUGUAAGACUUAAAAUUAAUAAGGAGAUUCCGGGAUUAGUUCAUCAACCCAGAGCAAACAUGCAUAUCUCUGAAAGCCAACAAGAAUUCUUCAGAAUGCUGGAUGAAAAAAUUGAAAAGGGUCGAGAUUACUGUUCGGAAGAAGAGGAUAUCACAUAGCGUCAAUUUUACCACUCAGACCAGGAGCUACUACUGUGUAAAUAGGUUACACCCCAGUUGAAAUCUUUGCAAAGGUCGGUUCUCUUCAGCGAACAGCACUAUAGCAAAAGAAGAUCGUUCCAUAUUGUAUGCCCCAUUAAAAAAUUACAGUGUUUCUUAAUGAACUUGCAAAGGAAUCUUGCUAAAAAAAAAAAACUGUUAUCGAACUUUCUUUGUUGCUGCUAGUUAAAACUUGUUGCAACUUUUCACUUCUCUUGUGUCCAGGUGUGCAGCAAAAAUCUGCAGUUUCACCUUAAAGAUACUGUUGGUUUUACAAAUGCUCUCCAACCUAUUUUCUAUCAGAUGAGGUAGUGGUGAACUCAGAUAUCAAACGUCUAUUCUAGGAUGGUUCUGCUUCUAAGACAAGUGUCUCCUUCCCUCUCUCCUUCCUCCCUGUCUCUCCCGAGCCGUCCAGAAACUAGCUGAGCCUUGCUUCUCACUGGCAACGUUGAGCUUUGGAGAUGGGAUGGUUGCUAUGGCAAGCCUUGUUUCUCUGCUAAGAAGAAGUAGAGAAGUUAUUAUUGAUUAAAAGCAUGCUGUGACAUGACCCCUGGAAGUGACUCAGGAGCCAGCAGCAGGUUGUUGCAUUUAAUACGUAUCUUAACCAAGGAUUAAGCUUGCAACAUUGGCUUUGCUCAGAUGCAAAUGGAAGUGUGUGUGAUCACAAUCACUUUGAACCUCUCCUCCCCACUUUUUUUUUCUAAGAAAAUAAACAUUUUACUGUUUUUAUG